AGUUAACGACGGGACUUGCUCUUCCCCUCAAUACAUUUUUUCCCAAGGCAGACUGUCAUGCCCAACGUGGGGAUACCUUCUACUCUACUAACCGGAUAAUAUAUAUAGCUUUUGGUCAUGGACUCCCCGUCAAGCGUGAUGUCUAGCCCUUCAAAAGUGCUCAGUAAUCCUCUUUCAAGUCCAACGAAGGUACUGAAUCCUCUUUCGCCGGAGCGUAUGAAUCAACAAACAUUUCACAACUCACCAUCGCUACCUAAUGAUAUACGCAGUAUGCAACGGAAGCCUAGAGGUCUUUCAGACGUCCAAGCCAAAGUUGCGUUUCUGAACAAUCUGUCGCGAGGGAACAGUCCGGCGGCAGCCCAGUCACAGUCAUCUGCCGGAAACUCGGCAGCCCUUCAACGUGCCAUCCUUGGCCGUGAGGAGGCAGAGUCUGCACUGGCGAAUGUUUCUGCUGAACUCUCGGAAGCCCAAUCCCGUGAGCGCCGGAUCAGUGAGAGACUCGAGUCAUUACUGGAAGAACUACAGAAAGCAAAGGCACGCCAAACGAAUGAAAGGGCAGUGUUUGAGAAGGAAAUUAGAAAGGCAAGAAAAGAGGCUUUUCGCGCAGGAUCUGUAUUGGUGAAAGUCCAGGAAGACUUGAAACAGGCAAGAUCAGAGGCCAAAUCGCUCAAGGAUGAAGUACAGUCAGAACGGGAAGCGAAGGAAAAAGCAAAACAGGAGGCCUUCGAGCGUGCAUACACACUUGCAGGUCUUACGGAAGAAAUUGAGGUAUUGAAGGGACGCCUGCGAGCAGCGGAUGCCAACAACCAUGCAAACGCCCUAGAAGCACGUGCUCGGAAGAUGCACAAAGAAAAUGUUGGAAGACUAUCACUCGCGGAAGGCGACCUUGCAUUCCUUAAGACGCCGACUCCUCGAAGGCCGAAACGAUCCGCGGCAGAAUCUGAUGAUACGCCAGCGACAGAUCGCCCCAACACUUCUAUUGCCCAAGAUACUCCUCCAAAGAGGCCAAGAGUCUCAAAUGUUAGGCCUUGGAAUGAAACUCAGAAAAAGGGUGUGUGGAUAGAGAACGAUCUGUUCGAAUGGGAAAUGGAUGAAAUGGCUCUAUUGAAAAGGGAACUACAAACCGAGCGACGAAGGAGGGUUGAUGCGGAAGAUCUGAUUCAGUUCAUGAAUGUGGAAUGCAUGUUUAAACGAUGCUCUUGCCGCAUCAAAGAAAUGCUGGAAGAAAGCCACACGCAUGAAACGACAGACCACAAAACAGAAAGCACCGAUGGGGCCGACGGGGCAGGCGAAAAUGUGGGUGACAAAGAUGCUCAGCCCAUCCCCAAUACAGAUAUUGAAGCCUCCCUCUCGGCUCCGAAUAAUAGCUCUGGUCAGUCGAAUGAACCCGCCGAGGAGCCGGAUACAGAAGAUCAGGAACCGCCCGAGGAGACUACUAUCACCUUUUCACCUACCAGCGGGACUUUCCAUACUAUCCCAUCUCCUGUGCGGAAGUCUCCGAUCAAAAAGCCGGAGUAUAAUAUUUUAGAGGUUUCCCAAUUUGGUCUUGAGAAGCAGUCGACCCCUCAGCCCAAGGCUAAUAGCCCACUUGCAAAGUAUGAGGUACCCUGGGAGGAGACACCCUUUGAGACAGUCCAUGAAACUGCUCCGCUCUGCGCCUCUGAGGCUCGCCCUUGCCCCGCUGUUAGUGACGUGCCAUGGGAGUCUGAAGUACCAGAGCAGCAUCUGCUUGAAGGUAAUAUCGAUGGUCGUGAUAGUAUCAAGAGAAUACCGUUGCGAAAUGAAGUAUUGGAGCAAAAUUACUUACACGGUGUCCCGGGAACGCCUAUCGACCGAGAGGAAGCCUUAGCACAAAUCCGAGCACGAAGGGCCAUGAAGAGAUCUGUUAGUGCUAAUGAAAGUACACUACGCACUGGUGGCAUGGGCGUGACUCCUGUUAGAGCACGCCGGAUCCCCGCAGUUCAGAAUCCAGACGGAAGGCACAGCGAGACACGGAGUCGAAGGGACAUGAGUGCGCCAGUUAGGAUGUACCACCGGUAACAUCUUCCCUACUUCACAUGCCCUCCUGGAUGUUUACGACAUUUUGUAUUGAGUCUUUCUUUACUCUGGAUACCUUAUUCGAAUGAUACCCUGGUGACCCAAGAUGACGGCGUUUCGGGAAGUUUUUAGACUAAUAUUUUAACGGAUCUUUCAAUCACCGCUCAGUGGUUUCUAGUUUCCUCAUUC